GUGAGACAGCGUGAGCCCAGCAACUUGCUUUGGUGAUACGCGACAUUCAAGAGAAAACCUACCUGGAAAUUACAGCUGGAAAGAGCCAGAGCAAUGCGGAAAUAGGUGGACUGUCCGUGUCACCGAGUUUGCAUCCCUCUCCCAGGCUGAGGAUCUGAGAACUCGCAGGGAUUGCAAUUAAGUGACAACAAUUAUUUUAAUUUUUUCCUUCCUUUUUUAUUAUUGCGCUCUUGUAUUCCUAAAAUUACGUAUUGUAAAAUACACUUCACUGAGGAUUUGUAGUAUUGUUUUGCUUUCUCUGAUUUUGGCCGAGGGCUAAAAGAAGAAGAAGAAGAAGAAGAAGAAAACACUUGGGGAGCAAAGCAACUUGCUAUCUUUUUUCUUCUUCUUGAGCAUCAACAAUGGACGUGUUGGCGAAUUACAGUAUUUUUCAGGAACUUCAGCUGGUGCAUGACACGGGCUACUUCUCGGCGAUUCCGUCGCUGGAGGAGAACUGUCAGCAGACAUGUUUGGAGCUGGAAAGGUACCUGCAGACUGAGCCCAAAAGGCUUUCAGAACUCUUUGACGAGGAGCUCGACUGCCUCCUCACACCAGCCUUAAUGAAGGGAGACAGUGACGAGGACCUGAUGGACCCUUUGCUGCCCAGCUUAUCUGAUGAGUCCAGUCCACCACCUCAGCUUGUGUCCCUUCCAAAGAAUCUCCAUGCCCCAGCCAGUAUCAAGAGUACAGAGGCAGGGGUGAAAGAGACCAGUGGAGGGGUGAAUCCUGCCCAGCUAAAUGCUGUCACAUCCCUCACACCACCUUCUUCACCUGAGUUGGGACGUCACCUUGUCAAGCCCACACAGACUCUUACUGCCACAGCCGAUGGCACACUAACACUCAAACUGGUGGCCAAGAAAGUGGGUCUUGGGGCAGCGAAGCUAGUGGCGACACAUUCGCUACCUUCACCAUCAAACCACGGAGCACUGAGUGAUGGAGAGGGAGGACCGGGAACAGUUGGGAGAGGGGACAUUCCUGAGAACAAAAAGAGGGUCCAUCGGUGCCAGUUUAAUGGCUGUAGGAAGGUUUACACAAAAAGUUCACAUCUAAAGGCACACCAGAGGACACAUACAGGUGAGAAGCCUUACAAAUGUUCCUGGGAGGGCUGUGAAUGGCGUUUUGCACGAAGCGACGAACUGACGAGGCACUACCGCAAACACACCGGUGCCAAACCUUUCAAGUGCAACCACUGUGACAGAUGUUUCUCCAGGUCUGACCACUUGGCUCUGCACAUGAAGCGCCAUAUCUAAGAUCGAGGGGAAGGGAGAGAGAAAGAGAAAGAGUGAGAGGAGGAAUACACUAAAAGAGCGAGAUCAAAGAGAAGAACAGGUGUACCAGAUGAAAAAAUUCACAACAGACAUUGGGUGCACACAAGGGGUCUGGCCGCAAACUUCACCACAAGGAAUAUGCGAGGCAGUGUAGGCAAAUGUUGUUGGAUUCUACCCACUCCAGCCUUUUCAUCAGCGAUUAGCCAUGCCUUUCCAAGCCCUAGCUUGGAGGUCAGACACUGCCAAACACCACAUUUUUUUCCCUUCAUUAUCUUUUGUACAGUAACUCACCACAAGCAUGGGACAAAAAACCUGUGAACGCCACACCAUGUACAAAAUCCAAACGCACAUCUCAUUCAUCACGUAAGAUGAACAGUUCUACUAUAGAAUAACGCUCAUUGUACAUUCUGGAACUUCCUUCUUUUCCUUUUCAAACCAAGGACACAUCACAUUAACAAACCUGCAGCCAUGUCAUAUACAGCAAGCAACCAAACCCAGAAAACAACAUUGCCAAUACUUUUUGAGGAGUGACCAAUGGAACUAGCAGUCAAAUGUAAUGCCCGGUUCCCAAAAGCAGGCUCUGCGUAAAACUAUUUAAAAAAUAACGCAGCAUCGGCAAUGCUCAGGAUGUGUGCUGAUUUCUUGUACUCUUCUCUGCUCUUUACGUCUGUCACCUCACAGGCUACUGAAACGAUGUGCAGCGACACUUUCUUGCCUUUAUUAUUUUUUAAAGACGUGUUAAAAAAAUUGUUUGUUCUCCUGAAAUGUCUUAAACUUCUGAAAAGUAAAAAAAAAAAAAAUGGCUUUGCAUACACAAGCCUAAAUGUGCACAUAUGGGUAAUAGGGGGGAAUUGUAAGCCCUUCUCAGUAUGCACAAGGUUCGACUCAGUGGCUGCUAUCUGGCAGUGAAAGCAAAAAGUUUGAAAAAGACAGAAACACAAACCCCAAAAAGAUUGGGAUUGUUGGCUUGGUAUGAAAGGACAGAUGUCUUCGGUUUUUCAUUUUGCUUUGCUCUGAUUUGAUCUGGGAAAAGCAAACCGAGCGCAACAUGGCAUCAGCACAGAUCUUGUGUGAUGCUCUUGACAUUGGAAAAGCUCUUUGGCUUUGUGUUGAUACUGGCACCUGUUUGAAAAUAUAGUCCUCUGUUGAGCCAGGGCUAUGGGGGAUGAAUGGCAGGACGUUUGACUCUCAAGAUUGUGGAGCACCAGCUGGGAUCAGGAUCCAAAAGAACUUGGUGGCAUCAGCCCAGACAAACUUUGCCUGUUCCAUAUCCAUUGUCUGUGCUGAUUUUUUCAAUGUUCUAUUUCUUUUUUUCAUACAGUCAAAAAAGUAAAAAAAAAAAAAAUCAAAAACAAAAAAAACAUAAAAACAAAAAACAACUUGGAGGGAAAAAAAAACAGAAAACAAAAAAAAUACUUAAACAUAAUCAAAUCUCUUUCACACACAAACAAUACUCCGAAUGAUGUUCAUGCUCUUGGCUUUUCCUGAUAAAAAAAACAAAAAACUCUGAAAAAGAAAAAUGCAGAACAAUAAUUACCAAGAUAUUAAACAGCGUUAAACACUGCAUGGCAGCCUAUUUCAGACAGAUACACUCGUCACUUGCACACAUACAUGCACAGCUUGCCUCUCAGCAUUAUUUGUUUUUCACCCAAAUCUUCACAGCAGUGUUUUAGCAAUUGUUGUUUUGUAGGAUUGCAUUCCAUACAGAUUGUUGAUACAUUCUGGUAAAUUAUGAUAAACCGGGCCUAGGUCUAGCUCUGUGUUAACAAUCAGCUUCUAAAUCAUGGGGACAAAAUAUAUAUCAUUGUCCCCAAGGUUGUGAAGCCUGCCGUGGCAUCGCAAUCAGGGCGUUUCCCCACCAACCCUCCUCUUCUGCAUUGAUAUAAUGGCUGCUGAGGGUGGAGGGGAGAUUGAAAGCCAUUAUGGAGUCCUCGCAGACUUUACUAAACGAUCCCAGAGUAUCCCUCAGGGGACCAUAGCUACUCAAUCAAUACAAAAACUCUCAGUGCAGAACUGCCUAGGAGUGAAGGAUUGGUGCCUUUCUCUUGGUUUGAAGCCUACUAAAGGCAGCUUUUCGGUCGCAUUUACAAACACAUACAAGUGCACGUGCGGUCACUACAUUUUACUCUGAAACAUUCAAUUGAUUUAUAACCUGGGUUUGUUUUUCCAAGCUAAUUGUCAUUUUGUGUAGUGAAAUGCAAAGUCAUGCCAAACUUUUGAUGAAAUGGGGGAUGUAUUGGUUCAUGUCCACUAAUCAGUUGUGGUUCGUAGCACUUUCUGCGAGGAGCGGCACUUGUAUGUGAUGAUUGUAUGUAUGAAUUUCUGUAAAGCCAGUGAGCAGGACAUAUUGCUACAGUGUCAUAAUAGAAUUAUCAAUAACUUGCCACAUUUAUGGAUUUCUGGGACAGUGUACAGCAUUCUCAAUGUGUCAAACCAAUUAGAAAGACUGAUAUAUAGAAAAACAGCUUUGAAAUUUUGCAAAAGGGUUAAAGAUCCAUUUUACACACUGUGUGAUGAAAAGCAACAUUUAUUUCUUACUGAUCUGGUCUCCUGUGACUCUUCAGUGUUUUUUUCUUCAGAUUGUGCUUCUUCCUUCAGUCACCAUAUGGGAUACAACAGCAGGAAAGCAGAUACCAAAAAAUAGCAUCAUAUCAUUUUUCUGACACUGAUGAACAAUGAAGUUCACAGUCUUCAAACCAACAUUUAAAAUAUACAUAUAAAUAUAGUGUAUUUAAUUACAGCUCAAAGCCAUGUUGAAUUCAAAAUUAGAAAUGAAGAUAUCUUUUUUUGCCAAGAUGUUCCACACAUGACCAAAUGAAUAUGGAAUAAUAGGCCAAUCAGAUUCAUUAGCAGGCAGCAUGCCGUGCAUAUCCCUUCACAUAUCAAGUGCCAUUUGAAACCCCCAUUCUCUCACUCUCAGAACAACAGCACAGUCAAUCGCACAGGCAUCCAAUGCAUACUUUGACUUUGAUAUUUACGCAUUUGCAAAUAAACUGCUGGGUGUUGAAAGAGAGAAAGAGCGAUUAUACUUUCAAUUCUAUUCUAAACUCACAGUAUAGUAUAUCCCCAAUUCUGUCCUACACCAGCCUUCUUUUAAUUUGUUCUUGAGCAUCUGUUUGACCAUUGGAUUGUCUCUAGUAUGUGUGCUUGUAAAAUAUGGUCAUGUUGGUUUGAAUUUUAAAUCAAAGAACCCUAGCCGUGAAGUUGCAAACAGCAAAUUAUUCUAAUCGGUUCUAGUUUAUUGCAUAGAGUCAGUGGAGGAUGUCUUAAGAAGUACUUUCGAGGUCAUGCAUGCCUUUAGAAACAACAUUCUGAACAUUGCCGAAACACUGGUUAAAAUGUUGAUUGUCUUAAAGUGAUAGCUCACAUAAUUCUACAUUUUAACACAAUUCUGAAUUCCGAGUGUUUUACAUGACAGUUAAGAAUGUUUGGAAGCAAUUUUGUGAACUAGUUAUUUGGGCACUCUUCCAGUGAAUCUCCCUUCCCAAGCUGUUUGCUUUAUUGCUUCAAAGAGGCUUAUGGCAGCUUUUUCAAUUUUAUACAAAAAGAUGCUUGAAACAUCACAAGGGGAUAUUAUGAAAAGGGUCAGAGGUGACUAAGACAACUUUUCUGUUUUUAAUGUCCUUUUUUGGAAUACCAUUUCACUCCAUAACUAAUACUGGUCAUAGUUACCGCUAGUAUAGUCUGUUUAAUGACACAGCUGUUGAUUGUCUACAUAACAUUUUGUAGCAUUUCAAGAUGCACUUAUCAGAAGAACAUGUGAACAACUCUAUAUUCAGCCUAUUCUAACAUAAGAAUGGUUUAUUGAACAUUUUUACUCAGAAAUUCACUCUGCUUGUUUCAUGAAUAAGGUCCAUUGCUUUCAAUCACACUCAAUGUAUCAAAAUAAAGUCUGCUAUUCUGUGUACCUUGCCAAAAACUCACUGAAAUACGGAUUACACUCACUAAGUCAACGAGAAGUGAGAACUGUAAAGGUGGGUUUGUUUGGCCUCAUAUUUCUUGAGAUAUGCUGCAUCUUUAAGUGCAUCUGUAUCUGUGUUUGUCCAUAUUUGAUGUGUCAGUAAGUAGGGGACUCACCAGGACUUAACCUUCGGCUUUUUACAUUCCUCGCUCCCCACCCCAUCUAUCCCACCCUGCACGUACAGAACCACAAUAAACUAUUCCUAGAUCAGUUCUUCAAAACAGUCUUGCUUCUCUGCUUUACUUCAGUUCCAUUCUGUAGUUGUAGAGGGUGUGUGUGUUACCAGCUGUAAGGGAGUUCUCUCUUAUCUAUGAAUGUCCCUGACAUCACUAACCAGGGAGCAACCGGCCAACAACAGACCUCAGUGACUCUAUGCUUUGCAUGUGCUCUCGCUCUUACUCAAACAUGGCUCUUAAAGACAACUGCCACCAGUUGGUAGAGCAGGUACAAUUCUGGGGGGGAGAACAGUUAUGUGCUAUCUUGAUUUAUAUAUAUGGAAGUUGGACAACAUUUUGCCUUAUACAGGCUGAAGCAUGUCGUUUCUUGCUAGAGCAGGGACCCUCAUAUCCACAGUCAUCUCUUUCCCUUGCCACAUCACUAACACUCCACCACCUCACUUCCUGUAAUAUUCACACUCUUCUUCUCCAUUUUUCUAUUCAGUUCUUUCCUUGUGUGUUUUUCUUUUUUGGUUCUUUUGCUGUACAAAGUGCUUAACAUAUUAUUAUUUGUAUGAUAUAAUGUUAGUAUGUAAUGUUCUUUAUUAAGGAAGAAGAUGAAAUUUAUUUUUGUUACUGGUCUGUUUCAUAAUUCUUUUUUAAAUUGGUAUUGUAAGAUAUCUAUGCAAGAACUGUUCAGUGGAGCAUUUUUAUUUAAGAAUGUAACUAAGUGUAAUAAAUGGUAGAAUCUGAACACCAGAGUGAGGGAGAUUUCGUUACCUUCGGUGGGGUCCUUCAGAGUUGACUCAUUACCAAAUUAUUGGAAAAAAAAUCCACAAAAACCAACACCAUGUUGCAAUGGCUCUGUGUACAAUGGCUCAAAAUGACUUUUUGUGUGGGUGUGGGUGUGUGUGCGCGUGCAUGUGUGUGCGCGUGUUUGUGUGUGUCAAAGGGUUCAUUGGAAUUGGAAAGCCAAGCACCACCAUUCACAACAGAAAUACUGUGAAGUUCCAUCACAAUGUACUUAUCGAUGAAUAUCGGUGUAUAUUAAAGCAAUAAGCUAAGAGAGACAGUGAUUUUAC